AAUAUUUUUGUUAUUACAGGAGAAUGGGUUAUACUAUGACCCUAAGACGGGAACGUAUUUCUUCUAUGACCAUAACACGCAGUCAUACCAGUUUCAUUCUCAAGUUCCUGUGGAAGGAGGGUCGGCCGGAAAUUGCAGUUCAGACAAGCUAGAAAAUGUCAGUGGAGGUCAUGACGCCAUGAAUUCUGGAAACUUUUCCUCCAUGAAUUACCCAGAAAACCAAGGAGAAGUUCCUCCAUCCAUAAGGUUAAUGGUUACAGAGAGUGGAGUGGACAAGGUUAAAGUGGGUGAACUCCAUAUAGUAACCAUGAAUGGUGGUAAAGUUGGAAGGAAUCCUGAAAACUUGAUUCAGUUGUUGGACGUCAAUGUUAGUAAGGAACAUGCUGAAUUUGUCUAUAGAUCAGAUAGCCCUGAUGAUCAUCAUUACUUCAUCAAAGAUCUUGGUAGUAUUCAAGGAACUUACAUCAAUGGCACUUGUAUAUGCAUACCAGGGGAACCUAGCGAUGAAAUUGAGGUGGGGCAUGGUUGGGAAAUACAGUUUGGAUCAAUCAAGAUGAAGUGCCACAUUCACCCAGGAUAUUUAAGCUGUAAUGAAUGUGAACCAGGAAUAGUUCGAGCAAGUCAACCACAGCUAAAGGGUGAGUUCCAGAAAGUGAAACCAUCAGUGGAGAAGACUCGAUUGAAAGUUUUGAAAGCCAUGAAGAAAAAGUAUGCAUAUGGGGCUGGCAUGCCGCCACAACUUCCUUCAGAGUACGAAGACCGUGCUAAGAAAAGACGAAAGGAAAAAGGUUCAGACAACCCUUACGAAAAAACAGAGGUUGCGUCGACACAAACAGAGUUGAAGGAUACGAACAAAGGGUUUGAAAUGCUGAAGAAAAUGGGAUGGUCAAAAGGUGAUAGCCUUGGGAAGUCUCAAUCUGGCAUCACUGCACCAAUUGAAGCUGCAAGCAAUGUCGGUCGAGGGGGACUUGGCUUUGCCUCUGGGUUACCGCCACAGAUGCCCGUCGACAUCAAGCGAAAGAAGAUCCUCGAUGUCACGGUGCAACGCUUUAAGAAACUGUAAUGUUGACGUGGUUUGUGAUGUUUGUAUGAUUAUCUACAUAAAGUACGUUUUGUCA